AUGAUACCUCCUGCGCUUAGGUCGCUAUGCGCCGGCGGAUUGGCCCACCGAAUCCCAGCGCGACCGCUGGUGUCGCAGCUUCAACCGUGGACCGAUGUCCGCACGCUGCGUCGGGAUGCUAAGCCAUCCCGCAUGGUGCUCUCGAAGACGGUCGCCCGUUCGCCAUCAGACCGAAAAGUAAGAUUCAACAAGAAACAGGCGGAGGGCCCCUUUGGGGGUAUGAACCAGACCGUCGCGAGACUACCUCCCAAACCCGGCAAGGCUGGUAGUGAUCCGGCCAAGACGUUUGGCUCCCUCAAGAAGUCGGACUCGAGGAAAGCGAUGAAGAUGCACAGGGCGCUGGCGGUGGUUUCAUAUGGGAAGCGAAUGUCGAUCAAAGCGCGGAUACAAGACGUCGAGUCUUUCGAUCAGUUCAACCUUUUGCCGCAGGUCAAGGAGGCCCUGUGCAAUGAUGCGUUGAAGGGCAUGGUGGACCUGAAGCCCACGCCCGUGCAGAGGCUGGCAAUACCGGAGCUCCUCGGUCAGGGACAUCAAAGGAUGAAGAAUCCGCCAAAGGAGUUCCUUUUGGCCGCGGAGACGGGCUCGGGGAAGACACUUGCCUAUCUCGUACCUGCCAUCAACGCGCUCAAGCUCGCCGAGGCGCAGGAUCCCGAGAUUCAGGACUAUAACAAGCGGUGGAAGGAGGAACAGGCUCGGGCCAAGGACAGCACCCUCAAGCAGUCCCCGUUUGACGAACCGCAUCCCACGAUGGCGCGCCCGAGAGUUGUGAUCCUUGUGCCGACUGCGGAACUUGUUGAACAGGUUCGCUUGGUUGCCAGGUCACUGUCGCAUGUGGUCAAGUUUAGAACGGAGCCACUCUCAGCAACUAAGGCGGCCGACCAGAUACAUCGCAACCUGUACUCAACGCGCGGAACCGAUGUUGUCAUCUCCACCCCGCAUCUUUUCGCCUCUAUUGCCGAAUCGGACCCCAACGUCCUCUCUCGCGUCACGCAUCUUAUUAUCGAUGAGGCGGAUUCUCUUCUCGACCGCAGUUUCUCCUCCGUCACGACAAGCAUCAUAGACAAAGCGAAACCUUCAUUAAAACAGCUCGUCUUCUGUUCCGCAACCAUCCCCAAGAGGCUCGACAGUUAUAUCUCACAAGAAUACCCUGACAUGGUUCGAAUUACGACACCGAAUCUCCACGCCAUCCCCCGCCGUGUGCAGCUCGGUGUCAUUGAUGUUUCGAAGGAUCCGUACCGAAACAAUAAGAAUCUUGCGUGUGCCGAUGCCAUCUACAGCAUCGGGCGCGAAUCCUCCCGCCACGAGGGACCCAUUAAAGAUGAGAUUGACGUCCGACGAAUUCUCGUGUUCGUGAACGAGCGCGAAAAGACCCAGGAGGUGGCGGAAUAUCUUGUUUCAAAGGGUAUCGACGCCAUUGCCCUGCACCGCGAUACUUCGGAGCAGCGCCGCUCCGAGAUGUUGAACACAUUCACAACCUCUGAUCCCAUGCGCAUUCCUACCCCGAAGCUCCUCCGAAGGGUGUACGAUCUCUCCCUAAUGUCAAGGUGA